GGAGAAGGCGGGGGAAUGUGUGUAGAGCGCCUCGGGCGCGCAUGCGCAAUGUGGCGGCCAGGAAACUGCUGCUGCCGAUAGUGUUGCUUCCAGCGAAGCGGCUCUGAAGCGGUGCAUCCCUGGUUCGUGUAGCCGAUGCUUUCGGUCCCAGGCUAGUCCUCUCCCCUUCCCCGCCCAGGUGGGGAUGCUGAGCAAAGGGAGGCUGCAGCGCGUGCUCUCCGCCCUCAACAGCCGCAGGAGGAUGAAGCUGCUCAUGGGGCUCGCCUUGGUCGCCUAUGUCGCCUCUGUCUGGGGAAAUGUACUCAACAUAAGGUCUAUCCAAGAUAAUGGUGACCAGAAAGUAGAAAAUAAAAUUGAAGAGGUUGUUGCACCUUUAAGAGAGAAGAUCCAAGAACUGGAGAAAAGUUUUACUCAGAAGUAUCCACCAGUGAAGUUCCUAUCCGAAAAGGAUCGUAAAAGAAUUUUGAUAACUGGAGGAGCAGGGUUUGUGGGUUCUCAUCUUACUGACAAACUAAUGAUGGAUGGCCAUGAAGUUACAGUUGUGGACAACUUCUUUACGGGCAGGAAAAGAAAUGUGGAGCACUGGAUUGGCCAUGAGAACUUUGAACUGAUUAAUCAUGAUGUGGUAGAGCCCCUUUACAUUGAAGUGGACCAGAUUUACCAUCUAGCCUCUCCAGCAUCCCCUCCAAAUUAUAUGUAUAAUCCCAUUAAGACACUAAAAACCAACACGAUCGGGACACUGAACAUGCUGGGGUUAGCAAAACGUGUUGGAGCCCGGCUUUUACUAGCAUCCACAUCUGAAGUGUAUGGAGAUCCUGAGGUUCAUCCACAAAGUGAAGAUUACUGGGGUCAUGUGAAUCCUAUAGGACCCAGAGCAUGUUAUGAUGAAGGAAAAAGAGUUGCUGAAACAAUGUGCUAUGCCUAUAUGAAGCAGGAAGGUGUAGAAGUAAGAGUUGCAAGAAUAUUCAAUACUUUCGGCCCUCGGAUGCACAUGAAUGAUGGCAGAGUUGUCAGUAACUUUAUCCUGCAGGCUCUUCAGGGAGAACCUUUAACUGUCUAUGGGCCUGGCACACAAACUAGAGCAUUCCAAUAUGUCAGUGACCUUGUGAAUGGGCUGGUGGCCUUAAUGAACAGCAAUGUUAGCAGUCCUGUUAAUUUGGGGAACCCAGAAGAGCACUCUAUUCUAGAAUUUGCCCAGUUAAUUAAAAAACUUGUUGGCAGUGGAAGUGAAAUCCAGUUUCUAUCAGAAGCUCAAGACGAUCCUCAGAAAAGGAAGCCUGACAUCAGGAAAGCCAAGUUACUACUUGGUUGGGAACCUGUGGUUCCCUUGGAAGAAGGCUUAAAUAAAGCAAUUCAUUAUUUUCGGAAAGAACUUGAAUAUCAAGCGAAUAAUCAAUAUAUUCCCAAACCAAAACCUGCCAGGAUAAAAAAAGGAAGAACCAGACAUAACUAAGAACUCUUGGACAGGAGAUAAAUUUCCUUACCUUGCAUUUGAGAAGAUGUAAUUUUGUCUUUUUUCAAAAAGACCUCAGAAACAGGUAUCAUGAAGAAGCGAAAACUGGAAUUUCACUCUGAAGCUUGCUUUAAAGAAGUGGAUGUGCCUAAAUAAGAAAACUGCAAUCUUUGCCUUGCACUUUUUAAAAUCUGUCUUUUUAUGUAAAAUAGAAGCAUCUUUUUUAGUAUCUUCAAGUUUUAUAUCUUGCUGUGAGAUCAUUUUGUUGUGACUGUCUUUGACAGUUUUAUUUACUGGUUUCUUUGUGAAGCUGCAGAUGAGAUGGAAAAUGCCAAUUUAUUUAUAAAAGUGUGUACUUUAAGUGAGAGAUACUAUGCAUAAAGGAAAAAAGUUUGCAGUAUUGUCAGGUGACAAACACUGGCAUUUAGUAUUAUAGGAUUAUGAAAACUCUGUAUGAGAGCUUUGUGUAUUCCUUUGAAAUCUGUUUGUUUUUCAAAUGCUUAGUUCUAGUUGCACACUUGAAUUUGAAAAUAUUUUCACUGACUAUUAUGGAUAAAUGCUAUUUUAAAUCACUACUGUGUUGUGCAUACUCUGGGGCAAAAGUUGAUGUAUUAUUGGUUACCAGUGGUUGAAUAUGCUAUUUUAAUAAAAUAUUGAAACUUA